CGACGAAGGAGCGUGUCACUCUAGCAUGAUACCGGUGCCACCUGCUCAUUCCCAGCGGGCGGGGUUGAUAUAACCCUGACGCCAGCGCCAUUGCUUGGUCUUUCUCUCCAGUACUCUCCUCCUAUCGUGAGCCCUCACGGACCAUUCAACUCGAAAUAAUCGUUUGCUCUUAUCGAUCUGAGUUCGCCAUGGGAAAACUUGGGUUGUUAUUCGCCGUUUCGGCGGUGCUGGCUCCGAGCAGCCUUCUUGCUGGUGCCGUGCCACAUGAGAGUUAUUACCCUCCCGCAACCGAGCCAAGCUUGUCCAAAAAGUUCACCGACAAACUCGGCGCGGUUGCAUCCGAGGCUGAGAUUUGCAGCACAGUUGGCAUCGAUCUCUUACGUAAGGGCGGCAGUGCUGCCGAUGCCAUGGUGGGAACUGUCCUCUGCGUUGGCACCGUUGGCAUGUAUCAUUCGGGAAUCGGCGGAGGUGGCUUCACGCUCGUGCACAAAGGGCCUAGCAAAGGGAAGAAGUCGUCGUACGAGUUCAUUGAUUUCCGCGAGGCAGCCCCAGCCGCAGCGACCGAGGACAUGUACACCGAAGACGUGAAUCUCAGUUUAUAUGGAGGUCAAGCCAGUGGCGUCCCUGGAGAGCUUCGUGGUCUGGAGCAUUUACACAAGAACUAUGGCCGUCUACCUUGGUCAACUCUUGUCAAGCCAGCUAUUCGCAUAGCUCGGUACGGAUUCCCCGUAAACGAAGAUCUGGACAGGUUUAUGAAGUCCACAUAUACAACCAACUCGAACGAGAGCUUCCUCGUCACCGACCCGACCUGGGCUAUCGAUUUCGCCCCUGCCGGAAAGUUGCUAACUCUCGGGGAGAAAAUCACCCGAAAGCGGUACGCGAAGACGCUGGAGGCCAUUGCAGAACGUGGUGUCGAUGUCUUUUAUGAAGGCCCUAUCGCCAGGGCUACCAUAAAAGCUCUUAAGGAACAAGAUGGUAUUAUGACCCUGGCAGACCUUAAGAACUACUCUGUUGCCGUGAGGGAGCCGAACCAAAUUGAGUACAAGGGCGGCAAAAUCACAGGUGGAACAGCGCCUUCCAGCGGUGCUGUGGGCUUGGCCGCUUUGAAGAUUCUUGAAGAAUAUGAUUUCAUCGGAGAUGCCACCCGGGUCAACGAAAGCACCCACCUUCUUGACGAGGCGAUGAAGUUCAGCUACGGAAUGCGAACUAAGCUGGGUGACCCGAGUUUUGUUGACGGUAUGACAGAAUACCAGAAGCAAAUGAUAUCAGAGGAAACGGCAGAAGCUGUCAGGGCAAAGAUCACGGACAGAGCGCUCAACCUUUCUGCGUAUGAUCCCGACGGCCUUGAAUCUCUUGAGACCCCGGGAACAUCUCACGUCGUGGCCAUGGAUAGCUCGGGCUUGGCGAUUUCUCUCACCACAACCAUCAACUUGAUAUUCGGCUCGCGGGUGAUGGUUCCAGAGACGGGCGUCAUCAUGAACAACGAGAUGAACGACUUCAGUAUUCCGGGAUCAUCCAAUGCUUUUGGGUUCAUCCCAAGUGAAGCAAACUUUAUCCGACCUGGGAAACGCCCACUCUCAAGCAUCAGCACCACCAUCGUUGAGCGCGCCAACGGAAUUGUUUCUCUGGUGACCGGUUCCGCCGGCGGUAGUCGAAUUAUCACCGCCACGCUUCAAGUGGUGUUGAACGUGCUCGAGAAGAACAUGACUACACACGAGGCACUUGCGGAACCUAGAAUCCAUGAUCAGCUGGUUCCCCAACAAGUGGCCUUUGAGUACACCUUUGAUAACUCGACUGUGGCAUAUAUGAAAGAGAUAGGGAAUAACGUUACGUGGGUGGCUCUCGGACGAAGCACAGCACAGGCGCUAAGACUGCUCGAGAACGGGACUUUUGAGGCUGCCGGCGAGCCUCGGCAAGUUAACUCUGGUGGAUUUGCGACAUAAGAUCUGGCAGAAGCUUGUUAAUAUCUAAUGGCUACAAUGAU